UCCAGACUGCCUAUGUCUCGUCCCACUCACACUCUCUGUCAGAGCGCGGCGUUGACAACCACUGGCCACUGAUCAGCCCACUUUGCACGGGUCGCGUCUCCAUGCUAGACUGCUGAAAUAGGAGCUCUGUCCCUCACAUUUUCUUUUACUUGCAAGUCAAGCAUCUGACUGAAAGCAGCAAGCCCGUCCACGGCAACAAAAGCACAAGAAGUCAAAAAAAAACCUCCAAGUGAUUUUCUAGGCUCAUCACUGUCUGCACAAUGUCUGGAGAAGACGCACCUGCUCAGCAGCAAAACGCCGUGGACCAAAAGCAGGAAACCAAACCUACCGAGGAGCCCAAAACCGAGCCACCCAAGACGGAGUCCCCACCCGCCGCCGCCGCAGAGGCAGCGGCCACCCCGGCGGCGACCACCGAGAAGGUCCCUGAAGAGGAGACCUUCACCUACCGCGCUCUGGUGCUCACCGGCUACGGGGGGUAUGAUAAAGUCAAGCUGCAGGUGAAGAAAGGCAAGCCGACACUCAAGGCUGGUGAGGUUCUGGUUCGGGUCAAGGCAUGCGGACUGAACUUCGCCGACUUGAUGGCCAGACAGGGGCUGUACGACCGGCUGCCGUCCCCGCCGGUUACCCCGGGAAUGGAGUGCUCCGGGGUGGUGGAGGCUGUAGGGGAGGAAGUAACAGACAGAAAAGUUGGUGAUAAGGUUAUGGUGCUGAACCGCUUUGGGCUGUGGCAGGAGGUAGCAGUGGUGCCAGCAAACCACACCUUCCUAAUCCCAGAGGGGAUGAGUUUUGAGGAGGCAGCAGCCCUGCCUGUCAACUACAUCACCGCCUACAUGAUGCUGUUUGACUUUGGCAACCUGCGACCCAACCAGAGCGUGCUCGUCCAUGCGGCUGCAGGUGGUGUGGGGAUUGCAGCUACUCAGCUGUGCAAGACAGUGAAGGAUGUGACCGUGUUUGGCACUGCUUCAGCCAGUAAACAUGAGACCAUCACCCAGGGUGGAGUUACGCAUGCCAUUGACUAUCGCACCAAGGACUAUGUGGAGGAAGUCCGCAAGAUCAGUCCAAAAGGGAUGGACAUAAUACUGGACCCUCUUGGAGGAUCAGAUACCCAUAAGGCCUACAACCUGCUGAAGCCUAUGGGCAAACUUAUUACCUAUGGAGCGGCUAACAUGCUGGCAGGACAAAAGAAGAACCUGCUUGCUGUGGCAAAGAACUGGUACCACCAGUUCUCCAUCCACACACUCAGCUUGAUUCAGGGAAACAAGUCUGUGUGUGGCUUCCACCUUGGCUACCUAGAUGGGGAGACAGAGCUCAUCACCGAGGCAAUGAAUACCAUUCUGGAUUUCUACAAGGACGGCAAAAUCAAACCCCACAUUGACUCUACUUGGCAUCUUGAGCAGGUGGGUGAUGCCAUGAGAAAGAUGCAGGAAAGGAACAACAUUGGCAAAGUGAUCCUCACUACAGAGCCGAUGCCCGAGGAAGAGAAGAAGGAGGAGACCAAGAAGGAGGAUAAGAAAGAGGAUAAGAAGAAAGAGGAUAAGAAGAAGGAUGACAAGAAGAAGGACGAUGCCAAGAAGGAGGAGAAGAAGGAUGACAAGAAGGAUGACAAGAAGGAUGACAAGAAGGAUGACAAGAAGGAUGACAAGAAGGAUGACAAGAAGAAGGAGGAGUCUCACAUCAUAUCGGCCCCAAUAGGAUGA